CUCUUUUACUUGCCAGACUAUCGUGGUGAUGCUGUCCUGUCAGCUGAGGGAGUCACAGGCAGCCGUUCAGGAUCCGUGCUGUGUGGCUGCCAACACCAGGAUCAUUCCUACCGGCCUCGGGAAGCCUUGGGCUCAGAUAUGGACUGUCUAACUUUUGAGGAUGUGGCUGUGAACUUCACCUUGGAGGAGUGGGAUCUGCUGGAUCCUACCCAGAAGCAACUCUACACAGAUGUGAUGCAGGAAACCUUCAGAAACCUAAUUGCCAUAGGACAAAUUGAGGAAGGCCAGAGGAGUAAAGAUGUUGAUGAAGAUUCUAGGAGAAACCUAAGAAGCGGACUGGUGGAAUUAUUAUAUAAACCCAGUGAAGGUAGACAAUGUGGAGAAAUCUUCAAGUUUCCAGAUAUUGUUAUGAACAAGAAAACCUCUCAUGGAGUAAAACUGUGUGAAAGUAAUUUAUGUGAAGACAUACUUAUUGGUCUCCCACCCCUAAAUAUGCAUAUUCCUAUUCAGCCAGGACAUAAACGGUUUGAAUGUGAGGUAUAUGAAGACAGUCUCUAUAAAUUUAGGGAAUGUGGGAAAGCCUUCAUGUAUCCUGAAUGCUAUCUGAAGCAUGAAAAUACUCACACCACGGAGAAACCGUAUAAAUGUCAUCAGUGUGGGAAAGCCUUCUCUUCUUCCAGUAAGGUUCGCAGACAUGAAAGAACUCACACUGGUGAGAAGCCCUACAUAUGCAGCCACUGUGGGAAAGCCUUCCCUAGCCGAGGCUCCUUGCGACGGCAUGACAGGAUUCACAGUGGAGAGAAACCCUUUGUAUGUAAGUAUUGUGGGAAAGCUUUCACUGGUCAGAGUUCUCUUCCGCGCCAUGAAAGAAUUCACAGUGGAGAGAAACCCUAUGUAUGCAAAUUCUGUGGCAAAUGUUUCAUUUCUUCAAGUACCUGUCGAGUACACGAACGGACUCACACUGGAGAGAAACUCUAUGUUUGUAACCUAUGUAAUAAAGCUGUCACAACUCGUACUUCCCUUCGAAAUCAUGAAAGAAUUCACAGUGGCGAGAAACCCUAUGUCUGUGAACAGUGUGGGAAAGGUUUCAUCUCUUCUGGUACCUUUCGGAUACAUGAACGAAUUCACACUGGAGAGAAGCCCUAUAGAUGUAAGGAAUGUGGGAAAGCCUUCACUAUACAGAGUUCUCUUCAGCGCCAUGAAAGGAUUCACACUAGGGAAAAACCCUAUGAUUGUAAGGAGUGUGGGAAAGCUUUCAGUGGUUACAGUUCCCUUCGACGCCAUGAAAGGAUUCACAGUGGAGAAAGACCCUAUGCAUGCAAGCAGUGUGGGAAAGCCUUUCCCGCCUUGGGUGAUUGUCAGAGACAUGAGCAAAUUCACACUGGUGAGAAGCCCUAUAUAUGUAAGCAGUGUGGGAAAGCCUUCACUCGUUGCGGUUCCCUUAGAAUCCAUGAGAAGACCCAUGCUAGAGAGAACUCCUAAGCAUAAAAUGUGGGAAGGACUCCUUAUUGCAUGCCCUUUCUAUAAAAAAAAAGUUAAAAUGUUUAGGGAAGAAAACAAGUAUCAAUAUAAAGUUAUGAGGGCUUCCACUAGUCAUAUUGUUCAAUUAACAAACUUAUGUUUGAGAACAAACUAAGAAUGCACCCAAUAUCAAAACUUGCUCAGAAAGUUGACUGUAAGAAAUAGUUUUAAAAUUCUGUGAAAUUCCUCAGGUAGUAGAGAACCAUAAAUGUACAUUAUGAAAAGUUCAACGCAAAAUAAUUUAUAUAGAAUGCUCCAAAAAUUACAUAACCUGAAGGAAAAUUUUCUAAAAUUAUAUUACACUGAUUAAAUACUAAAAUAGAUAAUCUGAACAAUUUAUUUCUAAGUUUAACUCUUGUAAAUAAAUGGUGGCGUGACAUAAUUCUAUGAAGUUUGCUUAAGCAAUUGAGCAAGAGAUCUUUUUUUUUACCCUGUUCCCUACCAUUCUGAAGAAUUUUGGUUGUUUGAAUAGUGAAAUGGCCUUUUGAGAUGUAGUUAUAGCAAAUAUUUUAACAACAAAUGAAUUGGCACUAGCCCACAGUGCUAGGACAAGAUUCUCCAGAAUGAUGGAUGUGCUCUAAUUGGCAUCUCAUACAAUAUUGUUUUUCUUUUGGGUCCAGAAAUAAAGGGGCCUGGGGAUCAUCCUAUAACUCACCAGCAAAUCUUUUUUUUCAUGUUCUGUAGAUAUUAUGGUUCCACCAGGAGGAACACCCACUCACUCCUUUGAACUGGAAACUAAGACAUAUUCCUAACCCCACACCCAUUUACUCUGGGUUCUUUGUGCCCUUGAGUUAACUAAAAAUUGUUAUUGUCGCUGGAGUGACAGAUCCACAUGACCAGUGGGGAAUGAGACUACCAUUCAGCAAUGGAGAUGUUUUGACUAUUUUUUGUCUACUUUAUACAAGCUGUAAGAGAAGUAGCCAUUAGAUUGACCUGUAGGCAAGUGUAUGGGGGCAAUUUUUUUUUUUUUUUUUUGAUUAAUGAUGUAUGGGACAGGGCUACUGUGGUAGUGCCACUCCUGGGCUACUAUGGUAGUGCCAUUCCUGGGCAGGUGGCCCUUUGUUGUAUAAGCAAGCAGGCUGAGUGAGCCAUGAGGAGCAAGCCAAGACUCAAGUCUUCCUCCUUCCUUCUCUUCCUCAGAUCCUACUUCCAAGUUCUGAGUUCCUGCCUUGAUUCUACCCUGGCUUCUCUUGGCAUUGGAAUAUAAAGUGUAAUUAAAACAAUCCUUUUUUUCCUCAAGGUGAUUUUGGUCAGUGCUUUAGCAACAACAACAAUAACAAAUCAAACUAGGACACAAGGAAGGGAAGUCUAUUCUUGGAUUUCCUUAUUAUUCCCAUGUCUGGUGAUUAAAACCCAUGGGAAGCUACAACUCAGUCCAAACCGGGUAAUAAAUGGCUCAGAUACUCAAGAACGGAAGUGUCAAUCACUUCUCAAGGUAAAGACCUAGUUGAUUUGGGUGUAUAAUGAUGUUUUUAUUUACUUACAAGGCUUUUUAUACUAAAAUUUAUUUUAAAUGAAAAAUGAAAAACAUUAAGAUGGUUAGUGCUUGCUGAAGAGGAAGAAAUGUAUGUGGCAUUGGGUCCGGUUAUAGAAGUCAGAGUUCUAGUUAUACUGGGUCUUAUUUUAUUAAGAGUAUAGAUACGUUGUCUGGGUGUGAUGGCAUAUUCCUCUAAUCACAGCCCUCAGGAGGCAAAGGCAAAUGAAUCUGUUAGUUCAAGACCAACUUGGUUGACAUAGUGAGUUCCAGAACAGCUAGGGAUGCAUCGGGAGACCCUGACUCAAAAACAAAAAAAGAAUAUGUUUCUUUUCAUACUUGAUAGUGUUGAUUCCCAGUGUGAGAUGGGCCCCUGAGAGUGCCUGUGGACACUUAUCUCGAUUGCAUAAAUGAGGUGGAAAGACUCACCCACUGUUGGAAGUGCCAAUUCCUGACUGGAAUCUAUGAGCAUAUAAAAGUGGAGCGUUAACUAUCUAAGCACAAACAUACAAAUGCUAAUUCACUGCUCUCUGCGUUUGACUGUGUAUGUGAGAGCUGCUCAAGUUACUGCCAUAUUGACUUCCCAUAGUGAUAGAAUUAUGAGCCAAAUAAACCCCCUUUCCUUUAUGUUGCCUUUACCUGGAUAUUUUGUCACAACGGGAAAUGAAGCUAAGAAAUAUACAUACAUAUUAAGUAGAUAUUCAUAUUUUCUUUCAUCUCUUCCUUUACCAUGUAAUAUAUUUAUUGAUUUAAUAAUACUGGGUAUUGCAAUGUGUUGUCAUAUUUAAUUAUGGUAUAAUAAGUGAAUAAGCUUUCCUCAAGGGCCUUUGACACCUACUCUGAGGAAACAGUGUUUUCAUUUGUACAUGAAAAUUAUAUUAGGUGAACUAACUUUGUUAUUGUCUUUAUUUAGAAAUUGUGAAUAACAUAGGUUCACUUGACUGGUGGAGUGCACCUGUAUAUUGGUGAGGAAAUUUCCACAGAAGAAGUGAUAUGUAGAAUAGUGACUUGGAGGGGAAAACUCAUAUUCAGUGUGGGUAGCACCUCCCAACAGCAUCCUGGAUGAAGCCUCAGGAAAAAGCAGCAGGCACAUACCUGCCUUCCUUUUUCUCUGAGUGCGUCUAUUGAUGCUACCAUGAUCCUCUGCUGUCUUUCUCCUCUUAACUUGGACUCAGUUCUAGUGACUCUCCAGGAGCUUCCAGUAUUUCUGCCUCAGAUUGGGCACCCUGAAGCAUUUAGCUUUUUAGAGUGGGCAGCUACCAAGAUCUCUGCUUCUCUGGUACAACCAACCAUUGUUGGAUCACCAGUCCCUAUCAUGUAUGACAAUCUAGUAGAUACCUUCUUUAAUAAUUUUCUUGGUUCUAUUCUGGAAAACCCUAAUAUGAUCUGAUUAAUUGAAAGAGAGAAAUUUUGCUGUUUUUCAGCUUUUGCAAAAUUUAGUCAAUUUUACAAAUUUCAAAGACAUGUACAGAAUGUUUGAGGGUUUGUUUAGUAUUUUGUUUUGUUUUGUUAUUUGGUCUCAAUCCGUACUACUAAUUAAGAACUAUCUACUUUUUAAAAGUCUCUGUGUGUAAACAUGUAUGUGCUGCAAAACAUGUGUGCAGGUCAGAAGACAGCUUUGAGCUUCAUUUGUCACCUUCCAUCUUGCUGAGGCAGGGUCUCUCUUGUUUCUGCUGCAUCUGAUAGCUGGCCUCUGAACUUCUGGGGAUUCUGCUUCCAUCUCCUAUCUUGUCAUAGAAAUAUGGGGUUACAGAUGUGCGAUUGCUGCAUCUGGGCUUCACCUAGGUUCUGGAGGAGUUUUAACCCCUUCUCCUGGGCAGGUCCUUUAUCUACAGCUAUUAUCCCAGACCAGAAUUAGAUAUUUUUGCAGGUGUGUUAACAUUUCUCACCCUAAAAUAUGCUGUUUGUAUGAAUGUAUGGCUAAUUCCAGUCAUCUGGACUAGUUUAAGCUUUUAUAACUUAGAUAUUCAAGUAUUCCCCAAUAAACACAAAUGUUCUUCAAAUUUGGUAAUAUUUGCUUUUAUAAACUCACAAUGAAAUAAGUCUGUAAAUUGAAAUUGAAAAUUAUUGAAUUUCAAUGCUAAAUUGAGGCUAAAUUUGAAACUGUUCAAAUUGAAGCAUGCCAGGAGGAGAAAAUUAUGGAAAACAAAACACCGCCCCCCCCCCCAAAUACAGUCUCUGAUUCUCUCUGCUAAUAAAAGCAGGAAACUUGAGAUACCAUUGAUAAAACCCAAAUUGAAAAGCCUGUCAUGGUGAUGCACACCUUUAACCCCACAGCAUUAGGGAGGUUCUCUGCUAAGUUCAAGACGAGCCUAAUCUGCACAGCGAGACUCUGGGUCAUAAGUGGAAGAACACAAAAGAAGGAAGAAGACACAUUUUCUUGUUUUAGUCUAAAAUGACAUAUUUCUAGUACUUGCCGCUCAUUCCUAAAUCUGUACAGUUACCCACAGAAGUCUGCCUCACUACACCUCUGUUUAUCAAACAAUUCUUUAACUUUUAACUUUUGUCAUGGACUAUACACUCUCUAAGAAGGGCUUAAAAGGGUUUGUUUAUUGGGGGGGAAUGAAGGGGGUUGAAACAACCUUUCAAGAAAUGAUUUUCUUCUCUUGAGCCCCUUUCUGUUUUAAUCUCCAAAUCUACAUUGGCUCAGCCCGAAAUUCUUUUUUUCAUCAAAGCCAUGAAUCCCACUUUUGCUUGGUGACAGCAUGCUGUGAAACUGUCUUCCUGCCUGCAAUGACAAGCUCAUUUCCAUUAACACCUGUUGGACAAAAUCACCUGUUUGAUAAUAAAACAUUGAGUAGCUUAAUUAACUGAGUGUGUCAUGCUGCUGCAUGAUGUAAUGGCAAUUUUAUGCUCAUUAAGACGUGCUGUGCUCUCUCUGAUUUGUAUGCGUCAAGAUUGAUACCCAGCUUAAGAUCACCCUUUGAAAGUCAAUAGCAUUUUCGUAUUUUUUGAAUGAGUCUGUGUCUGUUGCCCACAUGAGUUUGUAUGUACUAUAUUAGUAUGUGGCAGCAGAGUUCAGAAGACAGGUUGGAUCCCCUGAUUACCAUGGCUCCCAUGAGUCAACUGAUGUGAGUGCUAGGAACUGAAUCUGGGUCCUCAGCGGCACUGGUGUAUUGGUUUAUUUUCUGUUUCUCUAGUAAAAUAUCCUAAGUCUUUUCCACUCCCAAGUCUUUGUUGUCGGUUUUGGUCUGUAUUUUAUUGCAACCGAAAGGAAACUACAAAAAAUGGCACUCAUAAGCAGUGGGCCAUCUCUUCAGCCCCUUGAUAGAUAGCAUUUUCUGAUCAGUGAUUUUUGUUUUCCAACCACUUAAAAUAAAAACUCUAAACAAAGA